AUGCCAUUCAUUCAACUCUACUUUUUUUGGUAUUUCUAUUCAACUUAACGAUCAAGCUAUAAUUAUUAAUAAGGAGUUCAAAUAGAAAUUCCCGUCAAGUACAAAUAACCGCUUUGCUGCUAAAAUACUACACAAUAAGAAAAAUACGUAAUUUAGCCGCUGAUUAAAAAUAGACACAAUGCUUUACGGUCACCAGACAUUUACCAAAGUACCUUCUGGUAUUUCAAACUUGGAAAAGUUGGCAUCAACAUCUUUGCCUUCAUUCAACGAGUUGCUCACAUCCAUCCCAUUACCUAAUGAAUUCAGGUCACGUCAAUCAUCAGUUGCAUCCUCUUAUGACAGUUCUCCUCAACAUCCAGCAACAAUAUCAGUACCAUAUUCACAAACAACUCCUAGGUUACGCAUGGUUCAAUACCUGCCAUCUUCAAUUUCCCAUGCUCUGCCUAAUCCACCGCAACAAUUCAUGCAACCAUACGCGGCAUACUCAUAUCAAACAUAUAUGCCAGCAGGAUACCAUUCACCAUGGGGUGGUUCUAUAAAUGGUGCUCCACCAAGUCAACAUAUCAUCGCUACAACUAUGACUAGUCCAACCACGUUGAAUGGAACCACAGCUUUUGAUAAUAAGAUACGGUCACAUUCCACUAGUGAUUUAGUUAUGACUGGAAAUGGUAUCUUGGUCAAGGACUCAAAGAGAAAACACGUUUGUAAGGUGUGUUCAAGGUCGUUCACUACAUCUGGUCACUUGGCAAGACAUAAUAGAAUUCAUACUGGAGAGCGUAAGCAUGUAUGCCCUUGGCCUACUUGUGACACUAGAUUUGCAAGACAAGAUAAUUGUAUGCAACAUUAUAAGACACAUACAAAUGGCAAGAAUAAGAGGUCAAGGACUAGCAAACUUUCAACAAAGAGCUUUUCUUGAAUUGAAAAGAAGAGGUUCUAUUAUGAGUAACGACAAACACUAAAUAUACGGUUCAUUUCUUGGUUUGGUUUUAAUUUGUUAUUGUUGGUUUAGUUCUUUUGGUUUAUUUUGCGUUGAAAAACGCAAACGGGUUUAAAAAGAAUGUAUUCAUUGUAUAGUAAAUACAUGCUGUAAACGAU